AUUGUGAAAGUGACAAACAAAUUUGAAAGAAGAAUUUGGUGUAAAAAGUGAAAAAUAAAAUGAAGACCGAUAUGAAAACGGACGAAUAUAAAAAAUUACCCGAUGAAAUUGUGAUCACUGGUAUAUCGGGUCAUUUGCCAGAGAGUUCAAACAUCGAAGAAUUCAAGGAAAAUUUAUUCAAUGGCGUUGAUAUGGUAAACGAUGAACCAAGACGUUGGCCACAUGAUUUAUACGAUUUACCAAAUCGCAUGGGAAAAGUUAAGGACGACGAUUUGCAAUGUUUCGAUUAUCAAUUUUUUAAUGUAAGUGAGAAGAUGGCCGUGCACAUGGAUCCGCAAAUGAGAAUUCUACUUGAAGCAACCCACGAAGCGAUCAUCGAUGCUGGUUUUAAUCCACAAGAAUUACGUGGAUCUCGAACUGGUGUAUAUAUUGGCGGAGGACAUUCGGAUACAAAAGAAUAUUGGCUGGCUGAUACGGAUCGUGCCACUGGAUAUGCGCUGAUUGGAUGUCAUCGUUCCAUGUUUGCCAAUCGUAUUUCGUAUAGUUUUGAUUUUAAGGGUCCAAGUUAUGUGUGUGACACAGCUUGUUCAAGUUCAUCGUUUGCACUGGCACAGGCAUUUUUUGAUUUAAAAGAAGGUCGUUGUGAUUCAGCCAUUGUGGCUGGAACCGUACUUCAUAUGAAUCCAAGAAUAUCAUUGCAGUUUAAACGUUUUGGCUUGUUGAACGUUGAAGGUAAAUGUAAGGCAUUUGACGAAAGUGGCAAUGGAUAUGUGCGGUCCGAAGGUGUCGUUGUUAUCUUUUUGCAAAAGCAAAGCCAAGCGCGUCGUGUUUAUGCAACAGUUUUGAAUAUUCACACAAAUACUGAUGGUUUCAAAGAGCAAGGUAUCACAUUUCCAAUUGGUGACAUGCAAAAUCGUAUGAUGCGUGAAACUUACGAUGAAAUUGGAUUGCAUCCACAUGAUGUUGUGUAUGUUGAAGCUCACGGUACUGGUACCAAGGUCGGUGAUCCAGAAGAAGUUAACUCAAUCACUGAUUUUUUCUGUAAAGAUCGUAAAACACCAUUGCUGAUUGGCUCGGUCAAAUCGAAUAUGGGACAUUCAGAACCAGCAUCGGGUGUAUGCUCAAUUGCUAAAGUUCUUUUGGCUAUGGAGGCUGGUGUCAUUCCAGGAAACUUGCAUUACAAUUCACCAAAUCCAGAAUUAUACGGUAUUAUUGAUGGCCGUGUUAAAGUUGUGGACCGUAACACACCAUGGAGUGGCGGCAUUAUUGGUUUGAAUUCAUUUGGUUUCGGCGGGUCAAAUGCUCAUAUAAUCUUAAGAUCGAAUCAAAAACAAAAAUCAAUCGCACCAUGUGACACAAUUCCACGUUUGGCUGUUCUCUCCGGUCGUACCAGCGACGCUGUUGACCUCCUUUUGGAUGAAAUGGACAAAAACAAAAAUGACGAUGAAUUCAUCGGAUUAGUCAAUAAAAUCCAUUCAAAGAACAUUCCAUUGCAUUACUCACGUGGUUAUGCUGUUGUCGGUGGUGACAUGACAACCGUUCGCGAAGUUAACGAAAUUGUCGAUUCCAGGCGACCGAUCUGGUAUAUUUAUUCGGGAAUUGGAUCUCAAUGGGCUGGCAUGGCGAACGAUUUAAUGCAUUUGGAAGUAUUCCGGAACACCAUCAAUCGGUGUGCGAAUGCCUUGCGUCCAGAAGGCGUUGACUUGGUUAAAAUUCUUACUGAGAGUGAUGAAUCAACAUUCGAUAACAUUGUGAAUACAUUCGUUUCGAUUACUGUUAUUCAAGUUGCGCUCACCGAUGUUUUGACCGAUUUGGGAAUCAUACCAAAUGGAAUUAUCGGCCACUCAGUCGGUGAACUGGGUUGUGCCUAUGGUGAUGGCUGCUUCACACCGGAACAAGCCGUUUUGACUGCAUAUUGGAGAGGACGCAGCAUUUUGGAAUCAGACUUGAAAAAGGGUAUGAUGGCUGCUAUUGGUUUAACAUGGGAACAAACAAAGGCUCGCGCUCCAGUCAAUAUUGUCGCCGCUUGUCACAACUGCAAUGACAAUGUCACCAUUUCAGGAACACAAGAAUCAAUCACCAAAUUUGUUGAGGAGCUCAAAAAUGAAGGUGUAUUUGCAAAGGCUGUCAAUUCAUCAGGCUAUGCCUUCCACAGCAAAUACAUUGCUGAUGCCGGACCAACAUUUCGUAAAUCAUUGGAACACAUCAUUCCAAAUCCAAAACCACGUACCUCACGUUGGCUUAGUACAAGCAUUCCAGAAGACAAAUGGAAUACACCAAUUGCUCAUCAAAGCUCACCGGCUUACCACGUAAACAAUAUGUUGUCGCCAGUCUUGUUCCACGAAGCCAUUAAACGUAUUCCAAAGAAUGCAAUCUGCAUCGAAAUUGCUCCCACUGGUUUAUUGCAAGCCAUUCUGAGACGGUCUAUGGGCAGUGAAUCCAUAAAUUUGAGUUUAAUUAAACGUGGACACGAAAACAAUCUGAUUUUUUUCUUACAAAAUGUUGGAAAAUUGUAUGCUGCUGGUGCCCAGCCGCAAGUGUUAAAAUUGUACGCUCCUCUUUCAUAUCCAGUUAGUCGUGCAACACCAAUGUUAAAUUCGAAAAUUGGAUGGGAUCACUCUCAACGCUUUAUGGUUCCAAAAUUCGGAGCCGAAUCGACGUCGGGUGAAAUUGUUGUCGAGGUAAAUCUCAUCAAAGACGAAGAUGAAUUUUUCGCUGGCCACAUAAUUGAUGGUCGCAAUUUGUUCCCAGCUACCGGAUACAUCGUUAUGGCGUGGCGUACAUUCGUCAAGACAAAGAACACUUCAAUCGAAAAGACACCAAUCGUUCUAGAAGAUAUCGUUUUUCAUCGGGUUACCAUCUUGCCCAAAGAAAGUUCCAUCAAAUUCAAUAUCAAUUUCUUCGAUAAAACGAAACGGUUCGAAAUCUCUGAAGGGGAUUCAUUGGCUGUAUCAGGCAAAAUUUAUAUACCCGAAGAUAUUGAAUUGGAGCAAUUGACAUUGAAACCACCCGAAUUAGACAAAUCAAAAUUGGGUCUACCGUUAAAACGGAACGAUAUCUACAAGGAACUGCGUCUACGUGGCUAUGAUUUUGGUGAUAAAUUCCGUGGCCUUAUCGAAUCCGAUUCGAGUGGAACUAUUGGAAAAUUGCAAUGGCAAAAUAAUUGGGUCACAUUCAUCGAUGCUGCUAUGCAAUUUUGUGGUUUGGGUAAAAACCGAAAAAUGGCUUUACCAACACGCAUCGAACGUGUUAUCAUCAAUCCAAGCAAACACUUUGAAAUGCUUGAACGUUUGAAACAACACAAAGCCCACAUUCCAGUCUAUACCUACAGUGACAUUGAUGUAACCAAAUCCGGCGGUGUUGAAAUACGUGGCUUAAAAACAAAAAUAGCACAACGUCGGUCGGGCACACAUGCGUCACCGAUUUUAGAACGUUAUGAAUAUGUUCCGAUGAAAAAUACCGACCAAGAUUUGUCAAAGAAUACCGAACGUGCUCGUUUUCAUGCCGUUUCGGUUGCAACUCAUUUGGCCAUUGAAAACAAUGGAGGUGCAUUGAAAAUUAAAGUGGCUGAUAUUGUCGAAAGUAAGACCGUAAAUACUGUUGCACAAACCAUUCAAGCCAUCAUUGAAUAUGAACCGAUAUUGGUCAGUGAUAUUACAAUUGUGAAAAAUCAACUGACCGAAUCAUACGAACAAGCAGCUGGAGAAGCAAACAUUCGUGUUAUUGCUAAAGAUCCAAGCACUGGCACAGUCGAAUCAAACUGUCACAUGGUCGUUGCUUACGAUGUUGUUCCACGUGUUAACGCCAAUAUCAUUUUGAAUAAUCUUAAAUCGUCGAUCCGUGAAAAUGGAUUCAUUUUGCUUGAGGAAGAUAUUGUUGGUUAUGACGAAGUCACUGCAAAUAAAUUAUUUACCAGUUUGAAUUUGGCAAUUGUGUCAUUUCAACGUGCUAUCAACAAAUACUUUAUUUUACUUCGUUCAAUCAUCGAUAUUGCCAGUCGAAAUAAGACCGUUGUCAUGAUCACCGAAAAGAAUUAUUCAUACAUUGAAGAAUUGCAAGCAGCUAUGGCGAACGCUAAAAAGGACAACACUUAUGUGUACAUUGUUGGACACGGUGAAGAGCUAUUGGGUGCCGUUGGCUUCAUGAAUUGUAUUAAGAAUGAAGAUGGCGGUAAAUUUGCACGUUUGGUAUUCGUUCCAGAUGCAAAAGCUGAACAGUUCUCAUUCACAAGCCAAAUGUAUGCCGAACAAUUGAUCAAAGACUUGAUCAUAAAUGUGUACAAGAAUGGUGGCUGGGGAACAUACAGACAUUUGAAAUUGGAUGUACAAGGUGAAGUUUCACAUUUGCCCGUCCAGCAUGCUUACGUGAACGCUUUGACCAAAGGAGAUUUAUCAAGUUUGUCAUGGAUUGAAAGCCCAUUAAGCCGUCAAUUGCCUGAUCCAAAAGACAAACGCGUUGAAUUGUGCUCCGUAUACUAUGCACCAAUCAAUUUCCGUGACGUUAUGUUGAGCUCUGGAAAAUUGUCUGCCGAUUCAUUGCCCGGUGAUUUGGCUACACAAGAUUGUAUCUUGGGUUUGGAAUUCUCUGGACGUGACUCAAAGGGAAAACGUAUUAUGGCUAUGGUUCAAGCAAAAUCGCUUGCUACAACUUGUGUCGCUCAAAGCAACAUGAUUUGGGAAAUUCCAAGCAACUGGACUAUGGAACAAGCUUCAACUGUUCCAUGUGUUUACUCAACUGUCUACUAUGCUUUGGUCGUCCGCGGUAAAAUGAAGAAGGGUGAAUCGAUUUUAAUUCAUGCUGGUAGCGGUGGUGUUGGUCAAGCGGCAAUCAAUGUUGCUUUGCAUCACGGACUCACCGUUUACACAACAGUUGGUAGCAAAGAGAAACGGGAAUUCUUAAAAAAGACCUUCCCACAAUUGACUGACGCUCACAUUGGAAAUUCACGUGACACAUCAUUCGAACAACUCAUUAUGCGUGCCACCAAAGGAAAGGGUGUAGAUUUGGUUUUAAACUCACUUGCCGAAGAGAAACUUCAAGCGUCUGUUCGUUGCUUGGGUCGCAACGGCCGAUUCUUGGAGAUCGGAAAGUUUGAUUUGAACAAUAAUUCACCGUUGGGCAUGGCUGCAUUAUUGAAGAACACCUCGUUCCAUGGUAUUUUAUUGGACAGCGUCAUGGAAGGUGAUGAUGAGAUAAUUGAUACCGUUGUCGGUUUGGUUACUGAAGGUAUUAAGAAUGAUGUCGUUCGUCCAUUGCAAACAACUGUAUUUAACGUCAACCAAAUCGAGCAAGCGUUUCGUUUCAUGGCCAGCGGCAAACACAUUGGUAAAGUUGUAAUCAAGGUUCGUGAUGAAGAAUCAAAAAAAAUAAUGAAACCAGCACCAACAUUUAUUUCGGCCAUCCCAAGAACAUACAUGUACAGCGAUAAAUCGUACAUCAUUGUCGGUGGCUUGGGUGGUUUCGGAUUGGAAUUGGCCAACUGGAUGGUUACACGUGGUGCCACCAAAUUGGUGUUAACAUCACGAAGCGGUGUUAAGACUGGUUAUCAAUCGUUGAUGAUUCGUCGCUGGAACGAGAAGGGUGUUCAAGUUUCGGUUGAUACAAAUGAUGUGAGCACAUUGAAGGGUACACAAAAUUUAAUCAAUGCAGCCAAUAAAUUGGGACCAGUCGGCGGUAUUUUCAAUCUUGCCGCUGUAUUGCGUGAUGACAUUUUUAAAUAUCAAACUGAGUACGAUUUUCAAGAUGUUUGCGAAGCAAAAGUAGAUGGCACCAAGCAUUUGGAUGAUGUUUCACAUGACUCGUGCCCUGUACUGGAUUAUUUUGUUUGUUUUUCGAGUAUAGCAAGUGGUCGUGGUAAUAUCGGCCAAUCUAACUACGGUUUGGCCAACUCGGCCAUGGAACGUAUCUGUGAAAAUCGUCAAGCAUCUGGUUUGCCAGGCACAGCCAUUCAAUGGGGAGCGAUCGGUGAUACAGGUUUGAUUGAAACUUUGGGUGAUAAUGAGACUGUUGUCGGGGGUACGUCGCCCCAGCGUAUGCUCUCAUGCUUGCAAACAAUGGAUAUCUUCAUGCAACAACCACACCCCGUGCUUGCUUCAAUGGUCAUUGCAGGAAAACUUAAGUGCGAAAGCAGCGAAUUCAGUUUGGUGAGCUGUGUUGCCAACAUUUUGGGUUCGAAAAAUGUCAAAAAUAUACCAGAUCAAACAACAUUAGCCGAUUUGGGCAUGGAUUCAUUGAUGUCUGCUGAAAUUAAACAAACAUUGGAACGCAACUAUGAUAUUGUGAUGAGCGCACCCGAAAUUCGCCAAUUGACAUUCGGAAAACUGAAAACAUUGGAACUGAAAUAGGAACUCAAUUUCUCAGCUAGCAAAAUAAAAGACAGAUAGACAAUAUUGGUAUCAUUGAAUCUCUUGUUCAGUACA